GCAUUUCGCAUAAGUCUUAGCGCAUUUUCCCAAUCUUCUACCCCUCCACACCACACGCCGCCAUGACGUCGAAAUUAGCAGGUACCAAAGUACCUUUUUGAAGCUUCCAGUACCAUAUCGCCAGUUCUUUUUUGUUCUUCUCUCCACCAAACAAGCUACUGGUCUGUCCCAGUCCCAGUCCCAGUCCCAGCUUCGAAAGCUCCCUGGAUUAAAGCCAUUGUACGAAAACGACACAAUUGAUCGGGGAAAAAAAAGUAUUAAAAUCCAUCCUUGAUUCAAAUCGAAAUCGAAAUCGAAUUGCUACCGGUAUACCUACUUACCUAACCUACCUAAGACUCCGGGGGGGGAGAACUGAAAAUAGUAGAACGCAAAGUAGAACAUAGCAUAAUACGAAUUAUUAGAAGAAGAAAAAGAGAAAAAGACGCAAUGGCGCAACAACAAGCGACCCAACCGCUCUUCGGCCUCAUCCCGGCAGGCCAACCGCUCAUAACGAUCCCCUCGUCCCAGCCGAGCCCGACGUCCUUCCUCUACGCGAUCCCGCACCCGGCCCCCUCCCCCGAGAACCCCUCCCCCAAACCCUUCGCCCACCUCGCCGUCUUCCUCCUCCCCGGCGUCGCCCUCCCCGAAGGCACCGCCGCCGCCAUCUACGCCGCCCUGAACCCCACCGCCCUCGCCACCGGCCGCGAGGAGCCCAACUUCAAGUUCCUCGGCGGCGUGGGGCCCGGCAAGGAGAGCGCCAUGUUUAAGCUGUCUCCUCCCUCCCCUAAUGCCACUACCACUACUUCUACUUCUACUUCUUCUACUUCUGCUUCUAAUACUACUACUACGACUACUGGUCCCAAUUCCCCGGAUGGCGUAGUCAUCGGCAUCAGCGUCGAAGACGCCGCCUCGGUAGCCGAGCGCAUCCAACAGCUACAUUCUUCCAACAACAACAACAGCAACGGGGACACGUCGCAGCAGGGGCAAGGGCAAGGACAGACGUCGACGCUGGUGCUAGCGCAGCGCAUAAUCAAGAACGCGUUCAACUUCCUCGCGAGCUACAGCGGGAAAGUAGGCGCCGAGGGCGUCGAGGUGGUUCCCCUCAAGGCCUUCCAGGAGUGGUGGCGCAAGUUCGAGAACAAGGUCCGGAACGACCCGACGUUUCUCGAGAGGGAGCAGGAUUGAUUGCUUGGUUGAUACACGAUACCAUUUUUUAAAAGUAUCUCCCUACCUAAGCAAGUCUGGGUUAUUCUGAGGGAUUUUGGUUGCUGGGCUGGUUGAAAACUAAAACCCACAGAAGAAAAGUGUUUCUGGGAAUGGUGAAUUUGGGUAUUAUGCAUACUGCCUGGCACAAGGCAGGGCUCUGCUAUAUAGGUUAAGAGAGAGAAGUACGGAGAUUAGCAGGGGAGAAAAAGAGUGAGGAACGGAUAGCGAGCUUAUGCAUAUGGGCCACUCAUGAUGUCUGCUACAAUCCUAUUCGCCUUCUGGGAGGACCAAGCCGAGUCAGGGUGUUGAAAAUAAAGCUCAGAGUUUAUCAAAAGAGAAGGGCGGUCGAUGGCAUGUCCAACUCCAAGUUAUAUAGACGAAUGAUCUGGGAAUAGAAGGAGCUAUUGCAUUAGGUAGGGCUACCUGUAUAGGACCAUCUGGGGCCUAGAGGACUAAAAGUCUAUAACAUUGAAAGUUCACGAUGCACGAGAUUUCCAUCUAUAAAGUGAGAUGAACAAUAUAUAUAAAUCAAU